AUGAUGUGCCUGCCGUUUGGCUUAUUCCAGCUCCUGAAGCCCAUUGGCAGAACAGGGAGCAGCCACUUCCUUCUCUCUCACUGCAGCUGGAUUCCCGGCUGAGUAGCUCCUCCUCCGCCGCCGCCUCCUCCUCCUCCUUCUCCCGCCGGAGUCUGCCUUGUCUCGGCUCGCCCGGCUGCUUUCUGGAACUUUGCGCUCGUCUCGCCCUCCCUUUUGCCAACUUUUCCCCGUCACCCCCAGCACGACGGGAAGUUCUUCUCUAGCCUGCGAAGGACGCCGCCGCCGCGGGGAGCGCAAAUCCCGCCGGAGGUGGGAGGCGGCCGCUGGGGAGAUGCGGUCGGGGAGCGAUUAGAGCGCGGGACUCCGGGUUUGGCCGUCGCCGCCACCGUUGCCAGCGCUGCAGCAACUUGCGGCUUGGAGCGGUGGUCGGCGCCGCCGCCGCCGCUGCGGCAAAUCGGUGGAGGAGAAAUUCUUGCGGCGGCUGCUGCUGCUGCUACUGCUCCUCCUCCUUUAACUGCGCCUGAAGCUCCCGCGCUUGCCCGUUCGGCUGCUUUUGCCUUUGUCUGUAACAGAUCGAGAGAAAAACAGAAGUUUUACUUCAUGGCAAGAAGUAAUUUCCUGCAACAGAAAUUGCCCCCCAAACUGGGCAGAAGGAAUCUUCAUAAAUUGUGAUGUGCAGACCUUCAGUCAUAUUUUGCUGAAAUGGGUUACACAGCCCGCAGUUCAGCCCUGGGAUUUGUUCUUAGAUCUACAAUGAUAAAUGGACUUAUGAUUGUUCCUGUUCUUGUGAUGUUAGUUUUUCUUUCACCAAACAAGGCUGACGACGAGACUGACUAUGAAUGUGUGUGUGAAGGCAUGUCAUGUGUGAACGGAGUCCGCUGCAGAGGGCAUAGGUGCUUCUCCUCCUUGAGCAUCAAUAAUGGAGAAAGGGUUUAUCAGAAGGGCUGCUUCAAAGUUUAUGAGCAAGGGAAGAUGACGUGCCGAACGCCUCCAUCUUCAGAUCAAGCAGUGGAAUGCUGUCAAGGGGAUCUGUGCAACAUUAACAUAACAGCAGAGCUGCCAGUGAAAGGGCAUCCAUCGCAAGGGGAAGCCAUGGGUCACACCAUGGAAAUGCUUGUCAUUUUCAUACUGGCUCCCACUAUGGUGCUGAUCGUAUUUUCGGCAGCCGCAGUGCUGAUCAUCAGAAAGAUUCGGCAGCGCCAUAUGGAAAGGCUGAACUCCAGGGACGCAGAAUAUGGCACAAUUGAAGGGCUCAUAGCCUCGAACGUUGGUGAUAGCACAUUGGCAGACCUGUUGGACCAUUCCUGUACCUCUGGAAGUGGCUCAGGGCUGCCUUUUCUGGUACAAAGAACAGUGGCUCGGCAGAUUAGCCUGUUGGAGUGUGUAGGGAAAGGCCGAUACGGAGAAGUCUGGCGAGGACAAUGGCAAGGAGAGAACAUUGCUGUCAAAAUCUUUUCUUCCCGAGAUGAAAAGUCCUGGUUCAGAGAAACAGAACUAUACAAUACUGUGUUGCUGAGGCAUGAAAAUAUUUUAGGCUUUAUUGCUUCGGACAUGACAUCACGGAAUUCCAGCACUCAGUUGUGGCUAAUCACACAUUACCAUGAAAUGGGCUCGCUCUACGACUACCUGCAACUGACAACGCUGGACACUGUGAGCUGUUUACGAAUAGUUUUGUCCAUAGCUAGUGGCCUUGCUCAUUUGCACAUUGAGAUAUUUGGGACCCAAGGGAAACCUGCCAUUGCUCAUCGGGACCUGAAGAGUAAAAAUAUCUUAGUUAAGAAAAACGGGCAGUGUUGCAUUGCAGAUCUAGGUCUCUCCGUCAUGCAUUCUCAAAGUACCAAUCAGUUGGAUGUUGGGAACAACCCCCGUGUAGGUACCAAGCGCUAUAUGGCCCCAGAAGUCUUAGAUGAAACAAUUCAGGUGGAUUGCUUUGACUCCUACAAAAGAGUUGAUAUUUGGGCAUUUGGACUGGUCCUCUGGGAAGUAGCCAGGCGCAUGGUUAGCAAUGGUAUAGUUGAAGACUACAAGCCUCCAUUUUAUGAUGUAGUUCCUAACGAUCCUAGUUUUGAAGACAUGAAAAAAGUAGUUUGUGUGGAUCAGCAGAGGCCAAAUAUUCCCAACAGAUGGUUUUCAGACCCUACAUUAACUUCACUUGCUAAGCUCAUGAAAGAAUGCUGGUAUCACAAUCCAUCGGCACGAUUAACAGCUUUGCGUAUCAAAAAGACGUUGACCAAAAUUGAUAAUUCCUUGGACAAGCUCAAAUCUGACUGUUGAUAAAAGGCCACAAUGCCGGCAGACACUAAGAAGGACAUGCAACUCGCUGAACUCUGGGAUUUGGUUCCAAGUGGCUUCAGCCACCGGCACAGUUGUACACCCAACCAGCCAUUUGAGAGGAAACAGAGCCAUGAGAACCUGAACUGGCGCCUGCCACAGCAUUUUUUUUUUUUUUGCAAAUGGCCAAUCAUUAAAGACUUCAGGCUGAAUCUCUGGUGGCCUCUGAAAGAAGACAGAGGAGUCCUGAGACAAAAUUGGGGCAUUAGAACCAUGGCUUUUAAUUAUUAUUAUUAUUUUUUAAUUCAAGAAAAAGAAACAGAUGCUCCCAACUUUUGGCACAUGGAACUGGUCAGUUUUAACUUUGCCUGCGUGUCUCUUCUUCGUUGCACCAAGGGAUUCCUUGCAUUCCUUCCUUGCACUGUUACAGUUUAAUUUUAAGAAACGGACUUGCCAAAAGUAGGAUUGGCUUUGUACUCCUUGGUCUUUAUGUUUUUGGAUAUUAGAAAAUCAGUUUGGGCAACCGAACCCAUAACUGACUCUUCUCCUCUUUCUCUUUUUAUUUUGUUAAGCUGCAUUUUACAUAUGUGUACUGUUUACACUAAGGAUGGACACUAGGAAUUGUUGAUGAGGAAACAUGCGGAUGUUAAUUUAUUACUGGUGCAUUUAACAGUUUUUUAAAAACUGAGAAAAGUGCAUACAGUUAAAGUUUAUUUUUAUGUAGCUUCUAUCACUUCUUACAGUCUCUUUUUCGUAAUAUCAUAUAAUCUGAAUUGGUUCUGUUUCUUUCCCCUGUUGAGUCAUUUAGACAUUUUAAUCACAUUUUUAAGUGUUUCACAUUUUACAUGUGUAUGGUCUGUAACAUAUAUUUUCAGUUCAAAAUAUGCAAAACAUUUAUAUAUAAAUAUUAUAUAUAUAAAUAUAUAUAUAUAUCUAAAUAUAAAGCCAUUACUCAAAUUAUGUCACAUCUAGUACCUUAUUGAUUUAGAACAGUGUUUCUCAACCUUGACAAUUUUAAGGCAUGUGGACUUCAACUCUCAGAAUUCCACAGCCAGCAACGCUGGCUGUGGAAUUCUGGGAGUUGAAGUCCACAUGCCUUAAAAUUGUCAAGGUUGAGAAAUAUUGAUUUAGAAGAAUGGAUUAGCAGAGCAAAAGAGCAAACAAUAAGGUCAUAAGAAAGUACUGCUUCCUCCCUCCCCCAAUUUAUACAUGAGUAUUUAAAUGUGGCAAGGAAGAAAUAGCUUUAAUUUCCUUUUUUUUCCUAUUAAGUAGCUGCUUGUAUAAACAAAAGAGAAUAUUUCCCAGUGAAAUGAAAGGGGAGCAUUCUACUUAGUGCCUCCUGAGCUUAAGGUGAAGGUGGUGUGUUUAAAGUGAAGCAUAAGCAUAUAUCUGUGGAUGAUUCUCAUUCUGAACUGGGCUGGGCUGUGAAAAAUCAGCCAUCAAGUGUUUUGGUCCAUGUGAUGGAAAAGAGAUCUCUGAGCUUUGGAAUGCUGCAACCAUCCCUCAGACGGGGGAUGGGAACAUUGGAUAUUCAUUCUGGAGCUGUGACCUCAUAAUGGCAUGGAUUGUUGCGUGAUGUAUGGAUAAAAAGAUGAUGUCUUCUGGCUGCUUUUUUUUAUAUCAAGUUUCCCAAGUAAACAACUUUGAUUCUAGUGC